CAACAAACUUUGAAACGGGUAUUGCAGGGAGUGGGAGGCGCGUAUUCGGGGUCGGGGACCGGCGUUUUGGGCGUGGCGUUCCUGGCGGGUUGUGGUGCGUGCUCUGUGCGUGGGUGCCGGCCUCUCGGUUGGAGAAACUGCAGGCAUGGACGACCCACUGGCGCAGGUGUGCGCCACGCUGCGCUCGCUGCACUGUCCGCUUGUGGAGGACGCCUCGACCGGCUGGCUGCGCGAGGUUCUGCUGCAGCCUAGCCCCCAUCGCACGGCGCUGCUGCACUGGUGUUGCUUGCAGAUCGAGCCGGCGCUCGACGAGCGGCUGCCGGACCCGGCCGACGCGGCGGCCGUGCGCAGUGCACUGGCCGGCCUAGGCUUCUGCCGCGCCGACACGGCGCUGCUGGCUGAGGCGCAGACGGCCGGCCGAGGCGCCGCCUUCUGGGCGCCGCUGCUCAACGUGGCGGCCGUGCUGCGUCAGGAGCGGCUGCACCCCGUCGCGCUGCCGGCUGACGACCAGGCGCUGCUGAGCGAGCUGUGCCGCUCGGAGCAGGUGCAGGACGCGCUACGCUCGCGUCCCGACCUUAUCCCGGCCGACAUUCGGCAGGAGCUGGGCGGCGAGCCGGACUGCGUCGCGAUCUGGCUCGCCUCCGAACAGUUCGGUCGCGAGCAGCUGGACGGUGCUUUUGUCAUUGGGCAUACAGACAACGGUAUUGGGCUUGCGUAG